CGCUCUCUGAAACCGACCCCCUCUGAAAUCGACAUUUGUUGCUCUUGACGAUUUGUCGUUAGGGGUCAAAAUACCGGUUCGACAUUUUGUUAUGAACCAUUUGAAUGAAUCUAGAACCAGCAGAACUGCUAUGCAAAAUAUGAUAUGAGUAGCUUGUUGUUGUUUGCGCAGUGUGUCGAUUCGGAGAUCAUUACGAAAAACAACAACAUGGAGAAGUGUGGCUGUGAUAAAGAUGCAUAGGUAACUAGGAACAGGUGUUUACGUGCCGUUUAGCUCUUUGGGGGACCGGCUUAUCGUGCCGACUAGUUUCCACAGCGAAUUAUCAAGACAACAAGAUAUUUGAAAACAAGCUAUCCCAAUAAAGGUGUGCUCGACUUAACAUUACCCUGAAUAUAUAUGCUCUGCUUACAAGUCGGCAUAGUUCGGUAUCUGGUUGUUACCAAAUCCUAGCAUGCUCUUUUCAUUUCUGCUAUAGGGUAUUCAAGACAACAGACACAGUUCAUAUAAAUAGCAGCGAUCUUUGCUCGGGCAACGAUAGUCUGUUAUUCUCCCCCUCCGCUACACACAUGUCGCAAUACAAGUAUUUAACAGGUUUUGGCGGCCAUUUCUCGUCCGAGGACGAACGCUGCCCCAACUCCCUGCCAGUAGCGCAGAAUUCGCCACAGCAGUGCCCCUAUGGACUCUACGCGGAACAGUUAUCUGGUUCCGCAUUCACUGCACCACGUUCUGAAAAUGUGCGAACUUGGCUUUAUAGGAAGCUGCCCAGUGCCGUUCACAAGCCUUUUCAACCGUUUAGCGGUGCAAAAUAUUUGAGCAACAACUGGGGUGAGCAGCCUCCAAAUCCUAACCAGAUGCGCUGGAAACCAUUUGAUAUACCGCCACGGAAUCAAAAAAGCAUUACAUUUGUUGAGGGACUUCAUACGGUUUGUGGUGCCGGCGAUAUAAGAGCACGGCACGGUUUGGCCAUUCACAUCUAUCUAUGCAAUGUGUCUAUGGACGACUCUGCAUUCUACAACAGCGAUGGUGAUUUUCUUAUAGUGCCACAAGAGGGCAUUCUGGACAUAACAACCGAGCUUGGUCGAAUGACGGUGGCCCCAAAUGAAAUCUGUGUCAUUCCUCAAGGCAUACGGUUUGCCGUAAGGGUCAAGUCACCGAGUAGGGGUUACAUACUUGAGGUUUUCGAUGGACAUUUCUGUUUGCCCGACCUGGGUCCUAUUGGGGCAAAUGGUCUAGCCAAUCCAAGGGACUUUGCAACACCAGUUGCUUGGUUUGAUAAUAGGGAUUUUAAGGAGUUUCGCGUGAUUUCCAAGUACCAAGGCAGCCUGUUUGAGGCAGAACAAAAACACACUGUUUUUGAUGUAGUUGCCUGGCAUGGCAAUUAUGUGCCUUACAAAUACGAUCUAUCGAAAUUUAUGGUAAUUAAUUCGGUUAGCUUUGAUCACUGUGAUCCCAGUAUUUUUACGGUGCUUACCUGCCCGAGCUUAAGGCCGGGUACUGCCAUAGCCGAUUUUGUUAUUUUCCCUCCGCGCUGGUCUGUCCAGGAGCACACUUUCCGUCCGCCCUAUUAUCACAGGAAUUGCAUGAGUGAAUUCAUGGGUCUCAUACUGGGCCGCUAUGAAGCCAAGGAGGAGGGCUUUGCUGCUGGUGGUGCCACUCUACACUCGAUGAUGACUCCGCAUGGUCCAGAUGCCAAAUGCUUUGAUGGUGCUUCGAAUGCUGAACUUAAGCCUGAACGCAUUGCCGAGGGAACACAGGCAUUUAUGUUCGAGUCGUCACUUAGUUUGGCCGUUACUAAAUGGGGCGUAGAGACGUGCCAGAAAUUGGAUGCUCAGUACUACGAAUGCUGGCAGGCGCUUAAAAAUAACUUUAAAAUUGACAAUUGAUGGGUUACAGGCGGUUGCA